AUGUCGGUCGAAGCUGCUGCGGAGACGUAUAGGGAGUCGAUGAACAUCUCUUUGAAACUGCUUUAUGAUGACAGUUACCGGACAUGUGAUGACACAGCUGCUAAUACCGCCUGGAUGUUGGCGGAAUACAUGAACAAACGUCUUGACCAUAAAAUUCGAAGUAACGAGUGUACAGCCGUCGUUGCCGUAGGAUGUGGGGGUUUUAUUAAUCCGGCCUACCUUGCAAAAGAAUGGAAUGUUCCUAUAUUUUCUACCGGAGUAAUGCAGCAAAUCGAAGUUAAUCCCAUACAGUUUCCAUCCGCUAUCGCUUUAAGCGGCACUUACGAAGGUUUUGCUACGGUAUUUAUGCAGCUCUUCCGUAUGAACCGUUGGUACCAUGUUACCGCUCUUCUCGAUACUGCGGCCACCAAUGUCAUUUACGUCAACACGGCCAAUACCCUUCAACGGCAAACAAAAGCUGAUGCGUCCAAAAGUUUUCAGUUUCAGAUUCUGCGGUUUAAUGCGACCCGAUUUGACAGCGUGCAGCCGGUACUUGACGUUGCUAGAACGAGAAGCAGAAUUAUUAUUCUUUUUUGCCAUGCAAAAAUUGGAAUUGAGAUUUUGAGACUGGCAGAGUCGUUUCAAAUGGUCAACAAGGAAUAUGUAUAUCUGAUGCUCCAACCGUCCCAAGUGGACAUUUAUGGAAAGCUUAAUCUGUUUUCUAGCCCUCCUGCAUCGAUGUCUCAAACAUUUACAAAUUUUAUUUAUCUGACGACUCAUCACACUGGAGGGUCUCUGCUUGAUGACCUUAACCAGCGCAUUGCCAACCGCACACUGGAAGAAUAUAAUAUUUCCUUCACGACCGAUGCACCGCCACUGGAUUUGUAUGGCACCCGAGGAGCUUACGAUGCUGUGAGCUUGUGGACAGCGGCUGUAAAUCGCUCUUCGUCAUGCGACGGUAUUUCGUUGGCGAGCAAAAUUAAAAAUCAUCUGUUCGAUCUGGAAACUGGCUUAACAUUUAUCCGGCCGGAUGCCACUCGAUUGUUGGAUAUGGAUAUUUACGUGUACGAUGGGAAGGCGCGGGAGUUAACGCUGUUCAUGUGGUACGAUUCAGCAGCGGAUAGGCUAAUCUGGACUAAGCCACAAACACACCAGGAAAAUUUUUCCAAUCCGCUGCUGAAUCCGGUUCGGGAUAUUCCCGCCUGCGGAUUUUUGGGAACAGAUGCAGCCUGUGCGCAAGGGACAAUGGACAAAACGACAAUGGUUAUUCUAGCAGUUGUGAUUGUCGUAUUCAGUUUGACCACCAGCGUGCUUGCAACCAAAUUGAUCGUGCGGCAUAAAAGAGAGUUAUGGUGGCUAAUUACGGAGGACAGUAUUCCCCGUCGAACUGUGACAUUCAACAAUAAUCCGGCCAAUUAUAAAUCCGAGUUCCGCGGUCGUACCGUGACAUUUAACGAUCAUCCGACGAAUUACAAAUCUGAGUUCCGCGGUAACCCCGUUUGGAUUUACACGCACCCUUCUAAUCACAGCAGAGAAUUGUCAGUUAAAAUUCUGAACAAAGUCAGCGCUCUGAGAAAGCUUGUCCACGUUAACCACGAUAACAUCGCCAAAUUCAUGGUUCCCUGCGUACGUUAG